AUCUAUGGAUCUUUAGCAUCUAUCAUCUAUAUUGCUUGUUAGGGAUGGACAAUUGUGCCAGGUUAGACAUUUUAGUAGGAGAAGACUUCCGGUGGUGGCUUUCAUAAUAAGAGCUUAAGGAUUUAAGAGGGGGGCUACAUUUAUAUGACCAAAAACCCUGAACGGCUGUGAAUCUGGUCUGAACCGGUUUCUGCGGACUGAGGAACUGAACCCACGUGUGUCGUUUGCCAGGGUGAUGGAGACGCAGCAGCAGGAUGUACUGCAGCUCAUGGCGGAGAAGAGGAAGUGGCAGACUGAGAUGGAGAACAAGAGGCGUCAGCUGGACGACGACAGGAGAGCUCUGCAGCACUUGAAGUCGAAGGCUGUCAGGGAGCGCUGGCUUCUGGACGGGCCUGCCGGACCAGAACAGGAUCAGGUCAGGAAACAGCUGGAGCAGGACGAGAUCAAAACUCGUAAUCUGGAGGACAGCAUCAGCAGGUUGGAGCAGGAAAUGAUCAGUCUGGAGACCAUUACACACACUGCUGUGACGUCAGGAUCAGAUCCAGCUCACAGUGGUCGUCAGGUGGGCGGGGCUACGCUGCCAGAAGAGAUGGGCGGGGCUACGCUCUCAACACAUGUGGGCGGGGCUACGCUCCCGGAACAGGUGGGCGGGGCUACGCUCUCAACACAUGUGGGCGGGGCUACGCUCCCGGAACAGGUGGGCGGGGCUACGCUCUCAACACAGGUGCUCAAAGCCCCUGCAGCCGUCAACGUCAACAAAAGUCCUCAGGUCAGAAGGAUGACGGAUGACAUGAAGAAAGCAAUGUACUCAGUGGAAAUUACGGUAGAGCGGGACCGAGUGACGGGGGAAACCCGGGUCCUGUCCACUAACACCAGACUUCCUGUUGACCUGUCCCAGCAAGGUGUCAAAGUGUACGAAGACGAGCAAAAAGUGGUCCACGAGAUCCACGGCGAGGAUGGCAUCCACCAGCUCAGCUCCAUUGAGGUGGAAGAGCUCAUCCACAAAGCCGACGAAGUCUCCAUGGUUUCUCAGACCGUUACCACGGUAACCUCCCUCCCAACCGUGGAGGUCCAGGAGGAGCUGGGCUUCAUCGAGCCUGUGGUGCCACAGGCGGCGGCGGCGGUGGAGAUCACGGGGCUGGAAGCUAAAGUGAGCGGCGAGCCGAGCGUGGAGGAGGCCAGUGCCGAGAACCCUGUCACCAUGGUGUUCAUGGGCUACCAGAACGUGGAGGACGAAGACGAGACCAAGAGGGUUCUGGGUGUGCAGGGCACGGUGAAGGCAGAGCUGGUGCACAUCGAGGACACCAAUGGGGAGGCAGACCCUCCUCCUGCUCCACCCGCUUCUGCAUCCGUCACCACCACCCUUGCUGCUGCCCCCCCACCCACUGCCACCAAACCGGAGAUGGCAGCAGCGGACAACGGGAACGCGGUUGGGGACGAGCCGAAGGAGACGGAGGGAGGGACGGGGGGAAGCACCGUGAGAGUAGCCAUGGAUGAGAAGAAGAAAAAGCAACCGUGUAAAUGCUGUACCAUCAUGUGACCUCAUCAUGUGACCAGUGAGAGUUUAACACGGAGGAAAAAAAAAGAUGUACACUGAAACUACAGGAACUAACUGUCCUCACUGCCCCUCUGCCCAGUGCUCCGCCACUAACAUGACAUCACUUCCUGUUUCCUGACUGACAUCAGUUUUGUAAAAACUUUUCUUUACUUUUCUAUUUCCUGAAGCUGUUUUACGUUUGCAGCGCAACUGUUUACAGGUGUCAAGCCUCAGGACACUUAAGCAUCGGCAUUAACUUUAGCAUUAGUACUAACAUGGAUGUGAAAUCAAUACUUUAUCAAUCCUUGCGGAAAAUUAACUGUUGCCGUAAUUAUGAUUUAAGUCUUUUCAAAUAGUCAUUCUAGAAGUUUGUAUCUGUGGGCAAGAACGUCAUGCUGUAGAGGUCUGAAGGAUCUCCUGUAGCGGUCUGAAGGAUCUCCUGUAGGGGUCUGAAGGAUCUCCUGUAGAAGGUCUGAAGGAUCUCCUGUAGAGGUCUGAAGGAUCUCCUGUAGGGGUCUGAAGGAUCUCCUGUAGGGGUCUGAAGGAUCUCCU